AUGUCCAAUUCGGAAGCACAAAAUCUCCCCAUUGAACACCUAGUCAUUCUAUUCAGUUCUAAAGUGAACGAAAAUGACAGAGAGGAGUUACAGCGCUGUUUAAAGAAAUUAUUAACCAUGUUGAAACCACAUUUGCUUUCCUGUGGAAUGGCAAAAGCAGUAAAACUCAUUCGUAAUUUGAUCGAUUGUUGCCUGAAAAUUGACAAUGAUUCCGAAUUCAAACUUGCAUUAUGUGUGGAAUAUGUUCAAUGGGCCAAGCAACAAAAUCGAAUAUUUUUGCGGCAUACGCUUGAAGUACGCUUAAUUCGUCUGUUGAAUGAAAUAGGACGACACACAGACGUUUUGACCAUGGGUGCAAAAUUAAGAAAUGAACUGAAGAAAGUUGAAAGUAAGGAUAUCCAGUUAGAAGUGCAUCUGGAAGAAAGUAAAGCCGCUUUCGCGCUUAACAAUUUGAAUCGUUCUCGCAUUGCGCUCAUAGCUGCACGAGCUAUAGCCAACUCUUCAUGCAUUGAUAAUAAAUUACAGGCCCAACUUGAUAUGGAGUCGGGAAUACUGAACAUGGAGGAGGAUCACGACUUCAGAACGGCUUUUUCAUAUUUUUAUGAAGCAUUUGAAAAUUUUGAUAUUAAUGGGGAAAAAGUCAGUGCUCGAAAAGCUCUUAAAUAUAUGUGUCUUGCAAAAAUUAUGUUAAACGAAGAAAGGGAAAUAGGUUUACUGCUGUCCAGCAAACUAGCAGCCAAAUAUUCGGGUCGCGAUCUCGAUGCGAUGAAAGAUAUAGCAUCAGCAUUUGAGAAUCGAUGCUUACAAAGUUACUGCAAGGCAAUUGAAGAAUAUCAUAUGGAGCUUCAGUCCGAUUUAAUAAUCCGUAGAUAUGUUGAUUCGCUUGCUGACACAGUGCUUGAAAAGGAUAUCAGUCAACUCAUUGAGUCCUACUCUCUCAUUGAAAUGGCCACACUAGCAAAAAACAUAGGUAUUCCAGUUCAGCAAAUUGAGAGGAAACUGGCGCAAAUGAUUCUUGACAAAAAAUUUCAAGGUAUGAUCGAUCAACAGGACGGUACACUGACAGUGUAUAAUUUCCCACACGAUGUAAUAACGAAAACAUUCCUUGCAUCGGUGAAAGUCAUAAGUGCUUUAUCCCAGACUGUUGACGAGAUCUAUUCCUGUGCAAAUACACUCUAG